AUGGGGAGCGUUUUGGCAUGGCUCGAUUAUCACGGAUUUAAUGAGUCGUGGAAAGAGACAUUCAGACGUAAUGAGAUUUCUGGAAACAGAUUUCUUGAAUUGGGCAAUUACAACUCCGAGUCAGCAGUGUGGCAACUGAUUAGCCAGAGUUUGGGGUCUGAUGGGCACAACUCGGUAGUUGAUCGGUUCCUUUUGCUAUUGAAGGCAGAGCUGGAUUCUUUGCCUCAGCCGAGCCCGGCAAACUUGGGCUUUGAUUCUGAACAUCUGGCCAAGGCCGAAAACAGAAAAUCGUCUUCCGCGCUUUGGACAUCGUCAUCAAAUGUUACUUCUGGAAUGAAACCAAGGCCAUAUUCAUAUAUUGAUCCUUCAAGCAUGAAGGCCAGCAAAGAGACUUCUCACUCACACAAGUUCUUCCGAAAGCACCGCCGGAACUCUUCCACGGAUUCAGGAAAAGACUCUCCUUUAAGUUCCACUAGCCUUCAAUCAAAAGGAUUUGACUACAACCCUUCCAAGAAACCUCUUGAACAGAAAGGUCUCCUUGACCUGAACUUUUCCAACACUGCCGGCUCAAGGAAAAGUGGAAUUUUCAGCACAUUGCGCAAGUACGGAGGAGAAAAAGCUGCUGGAAUUGUGAAACAAGUCAACUCUCUGGCAACCAAGACGAAUAACCGGAAGAGCACAGCAAGCUUUACUUCGCUUAGUAAAAAGGCAGAAUCUCCCUUCAAGAAUGUCUCAAGAGCCGAGUUAGAGAAUCAAUUGAAGGUCUACGAUGAAACAACUUCUCCAAAAUCUGCAAAGAGCUUCAUCGCUAUUGCGGGAGAGGAGACCGCUGCCUCUUCAAUUGAAAGUAAGCUGUCGUCUCGAUCUGCUAGUGGAGAAACCAAAAAAGAAGCCAUUCAUCCUAGAUACUAUCCUUUACCAAGAGUUGUCCAGCCGAAUUACCAAAAGCUUAUUAUGGUCACAAGAGAUAAUUGCACUUUUGUACCAGCUUCACUUGACCAGCUGGAGAUUACAAACGUCGCUCUUUUAAAAAAGAAGCUUUUUAAAGCAUUGGAUAUCAUCGAUGUGGGAACAAUUACUUUCCACCUUACGGAUUUCAAUGCCAAUCCUGGAGAAGCAAUGGAUAAUGAAGUUCUACUUCUGGCUGUUAAACAGGAUUUUUUCGUGAAGAUAAAGGUAACUCAAAACAUCAACUCUCCGUUCGGAACAGGUACUUUUUCCAGCACUUCUUCGGAUUCCAAGUCUUUCGACACCAGUGGUGAGCAUAACGGCAAAAUAUAUCCUGCUACUCCUCAGUAUAUGUUACAGGAUUCUCACGAUAAGAAUGUGGAUUAUUUGAAUUUUAAAGAUCAACCGCCUCUCACUAAGAUUCCAGAGACACUGACUACAAAUAAUUCACACCAGCCGACUGAUACAAUGCCUGAAUAUGCUCCUUUCAAGUUGUCCAUUCCUCAAAACAAGAAGGUUUCAGCACUGAAGCAAACUGCUCAACACAGAGCUCUCCCACUUCUCAAUACAGCUGCCGUCAAUAGAUCCACUGAGCACCCGAAACCAGUUGUGGACAACAGUGGCUCAUUCAGCGUGGUACGGAAGGAGGGACGCGAAAUUGACUUCGAUAAAAGAAGACAAGUUGCAACCGACUCCAAGGCACCUCGUUUGAUUCCAAACAUUUAUUCUUCGUCAAUGAGCGAUUCAGCAGUUUCACCGAUUUCUGCAUCCACCAUCCGUGCAUUGAAAGACGAAAACUUGCCGCCUUCACCAGCAACAGGAAUUUUAAGACCAAAUGUGCUUAAAGAUGAUAUCUCUCGUACUUCAUCGCAGGGUUCGGAUGUGGAGAAGAAUGCGAACAUUGUCGCAAAGCGAAAAGCUCCACCUCCUCCUUCAAAGUCGAACUCUUUGAAUACCAAGCUCAGUAUGUCAAGCCUCAGAUCGCUGCCAGCACCCUCAACGAGAUCUGACGUUUCUUAUCUGGGAGCGAGUAACAAUUCCAUCUUUAUCUCAUCCAAGAGAGAUUCACAGCGCCGUAUGAGCAGAUCCAGCGCAUUUUCGGAAAACAAGAUUGACUUUGGUGACGUUCCAGAGUUUGUUGAGAGCAGUUUCACUCGUAGCGGCCUGUCCAAUGACAAUGACGAUGAUGAUAGCUUUUUUGUCAAACCACUUAUGAUCCAUUCAUCAAGAGAAAGCUCAGGACAUAAGAACGAUGAGAAUGAAGAUGAUGACGAUGAAGGUGAUGAAUUCUUCAUGAAGAAGCCUUCGAAAUCAAACCGACAACAGGCGGAAACACCGACACCUCAGGGAUCAGGAAGAACCCCAAGUGUUUUGAGCAGGAUGAAUGUCAGACCACCUGUGGAGGAAGUUUACAAUAAUCUUGAGAAGUAUUUCCCCAAUACCAAUUUGGAUAAACCAAUUCUUGAUGCUAGCACUGAAGUGAGCAAGACGAAUGCACAAAAACAAACUUCAAGAAAGCAUUCGAUUUCAAGAACAUUUUCAAAUGCAAACAUCUCCCCUAUAAACCCACCCGAGGGAGUCGGAGAGGACGAGGUGUCUGAAGGACCAAAACUUCGUCGCCGCAUGAAGACAAUCAGAAUCGUUGCCAACGAAGCAAGAAUUAAGAGGUUAGCUAGUCAGAGGGCAGUUAAUUCUAGAGUUGCUCAAGUUGAAAGAGCUUCAACACCUGUUUCUCUCCACAGAACCAAUACGAAAUUGUGGGGUCAAAAGGUUGUGGAAGUUACGUCAGCAGAAAUUGACAAAGGCUUUGUCAGUCGGAUGAGAAACCCCAUGGGUGAUUUCGAAGAGUUCGCCUGGAUUAAAGGUGAGUUGAUUGGUCGUGGAUCAUUUGGUUCGGUGUACUUGGCACUUAAUGUGACCACUGGAGAAAUGCUUGCAGUGAAACAAGUGGUUGUCCGGAAUAAGGGAUCAGAGAAAUCAGAGAGUUUGCAAGCUUUGCAUAAGGAAGUCGAGACCAUGAAGGAUUUGGAUCACUUGAAUAUUGUUCAAUACUUGGGAUUUGAACAGAAAGACAACACCUACAGUUUGUUCUUGGAGUAUGUUGCAGGAGGAUCGAUAUCAUCCUGUUUGAAAUCAUACGGUAAGUUCGAUGAACCAUUGGUAAAGUUCAUCACCAGGCAAGUUCUCGAAGGAUUAAGAUAUUUGCAUUCCAAUGGCAUUUUGCACCGAGACUUGAAGGCUGACAAUCUUUUGCUUGAAAUCGACGGCACAUGCAAAAUUUCUGACUUCGGUAUCUCGAAGAAAUCGCAAGAUAUUUAUAGCAACGACGCAGAGAUGUCUAUGCAAGGAACGAUCUUCUGGAUGGCCCCAGAGGUUAUUCAUAGUAUGGUGGAGGAUAAGAAACAAGGAUACAGUGCAAAGAUCGACAUUUGGUCACUUGGAUGUGUUAUGUUGGAAAUGUUCGCUGGACAGAGGCCUUGGUCCAACGAGGCAGUGGUGAGUGCUAUUUAUAAGAUCGGAAAGACCAAACUUGCACCUCCAAUUCCUGAAGAGUUGAGUGCUGAGGCUAAGGAUUUCUUGAACCGAUGCUUCACUAUCGAUUCGGAGAAGCGUCCAACUGCAGAGGAUCUUUUAGAGCACCAGUUCAUGAGUAUUGAUGCGAAGUACAGCUUUCAAGAAACCAAACUUGGACAGACAAUCAAGUUCAGUUCAAGAAAGACAAUGAUGCCAAAUCGAAGGUGA